AUGGCAGCGCCUUUGCUGCGAUUGCUCUUGUUUGGCUAUUUCUGCGUCGCAGUCGCAAAAGGACAAACUUUGUAUGAAAAACAGCCAAGACUGAGGACUCAAAAUGGAAACUUGCUAAUAAUCAGCGGGAAAGACAGGAACAUCACUCUCAGGACUAUCGGCUCACAGAGUUUCAUCAACAUAAACGGCGAAAACUUGAUUUCGUUGGUGGCACAAGCCAAGUCGGCAGUGACAACGUUACAGGAGGGCACGAUCGACAGUUUGCAAAGCUCGCUAAAAUCUUUGUCGAGUGACCUUUACAGCGUUGGUGGCGUGAUUCAAAGAACCGCCACGCUUGAAAACGGUCUCACCAAUCUAACAACUAACGUGACCCGAAACAGGAGGAUUAUGGUGGGCAGAUUCGGAAUAAUGAACAAUCGGGUUAAAAAAUUGGAGCGUGACCUUCUCUUGAUCAAGAGGAACCUGCGGAAGAACGAUUGUGCGAGCAAUCCGUGCAAGAACGGCGGAGUUUGCGAAGACGCGUUCAGAAAGUUCUACUGCAGAUGCAUACCAGGCUGGGAAGGGCCGACGUGCGAAACAGACGUGAACGAAUGUGCACGAUUCGUGGGAACAGACUUAGGCUGUCAGAACGGAGCCACAUGCGUCAACAAGCCAGGGACUUACGAGUGUUUGUGUCCUGGAGGUUUCUACGGACUGCACUGCACGCAAAGUUCCAACAACUGCACUUCAGCCUCCGCCAUUGAGUUGUGCGGACACGGAACCUGCAUCCCUCAGCGGCUCGGAGGGAGGGGCUAUACCUGUCUUUGCGACCAGGGUUGGAAAACGAACCCUCUAUCAGGAGCAUGCACUGACGACGUGAACGAGUGCGAAACGAUGACGAGGCCAGCGUGUUCAGUUUCCCCGGCCGUUCCUUGCGUCAACACUCCAGGCUCUUUCAUGUGCGGAGCUUGCCCAGCAGGGUUUUCGGGAAAUGGAUAUUUCUGCUCCGACAUCGACGAGUGCACGACAAACAACGGGGGUUGCAGUGAAAAUCCGAAAGUGCUUUGCUACAAUACUAUGGGAUCGCGAAUGUGCGGCCAUUGCCCGCCAGGUUUCACAGGUGACGGAUUGACCUGCACGCUAAGCAGCAGCAGCCCGUGCGGCUCCAACAACGGCGGCUGCCACCCUCUGGCCCGCUGCUAUGACAAUCCAAACAUUGGGGCUUCGUUUGUGCAGUGCAUUUGCCCACCAAGCUACCAAGGAGCUGGAUUCGGACCUCUCGGCUGCAUACGCACCGGUGACAACGACUCAGACGUUUGCAGGCCGAAUCCUUGCGCUCACGGAAGAUGCUACCCUUCAAGCACUAGUUAUUUUGAAUGCGAAUGUCAUCCGGGCUAUAAAGGAUAUUUGUGCGACACUCCAAUAUUGGACGGAUGCAAUCCAAAUCCGUGCGAAAACGGUGGGACGUGCGUCUCAAGAAACGGAGCCUACUCCUGCUCCUGUCCAAGUGGUUUCUUAGGUCAGCAGUGCCAGUAUCUGAGCUCUGGUUGCGGAGGGGAAAUCAACCAAGAUACGGGCUCCAUCACUUACUCAACAAAAAACGAGCAUUUUACGGCGGGUAUCAACUGCUUGUGGCACAUCAGCGUUAACGAGUCGCAGGUCAUCGUUGGUACCUUUUCCAACUUUGCAGUUUCUCUAAGUCCGAGCUGCAAUGCCGACUGGGUCCAGAUCCACGACGGAAAGAGACCUACGUCGCCGUCGAUUGGCACCUAUUGUGGAAGUGCAUUACCGCCUUCUAAUAUCACCAGCACGACCAACGCCAUCGUUUUGUGGUACAACUCUCCACGUGCCUCUUUGCAGUCGAGUUUUGAGUUUCGCUGGACGACUAAAGCACCUACAUGUGGAGGAAUCUUCAUAAACCAAACCUUGGGCACGAUUAAGUCUCCAGGAUUCCCAGCCGUGUAUCCCGCGAACCGAGAGUGCGUUUGGCGGAUAUCGGUGCGGCCAGGGAUGCGGGUCAGAUUGCACAUUUUCACCUUACAGCUGCGACAAAGGUCAACUAAUUGCGAGCGAGAUUUCAUUGAAAUCAAAGAUGGAUCCGGCCAGAUGCUGCAAAAAAUUUGCAACAAUACGGGCGCCACGUCGCUCACCUCAAUUGGGCCCACGAUGGUAAUCCGCUUCAAAAGUGGAGAGGCCAGUGGUGACGAAGGAAAAUUCGAAAUGACAUUCUCCGAGAUAACUGGCGUUGAAGGAUGCGGAGGCACGUGGACUACAGAGCGCGGUGUCAUCUCUUCGCCCAAUUAUCCUAGGGUUUACCCAAAUAGACUGCAUUGCGAAUAUUUGAUCCAACUUCCGAUCAACGAGAGAAUCAAAGUUACCUUUGCUGACGUUAAGAUAGAGACGACUGAAAAUUGUAAUUUUGAUUACUUGGAGUUACGCGAUGGGUCUUCUGAAAGUAGCCCCCUCGUCUCCAAAAUCUGCGGCACCGAUAUUCCAGCUGCAUUUGUAUCAAACGGAAAUGAACUGCUCUUCAUUUUCCACACAGAUCAGUCAAAGACCGAAAGAGGAUUUUUAAUAAAAUAUGAAACAGCUUGCAACCAAAUCUUCACGGCUCCAAGUGGAAUAAUUACUUCACUAAACUAUCCAAAUAAUUAUUCAAACUCGAAAGAAUGCAUUUAUCAAAUAGCUCAACCUCUGCACAAGUCGAUCAUCUUGGAAUUUUUAGAUUUUGAUAUAGAGGCACAUCAAAGGUGUUUGCACGACUCGGUCACAAUUAGAGAUGGUCCGUCAGAAAGCUCACAGUUCUUGGGAAAAUUUUGUGGCAAGAAACCUCCACCGAUCACGAUUUCGACAAGAAACUUUCUAUGGAUCAAAUUCAAGACUGACGCAACCGUGGUUAAAAAGGGCUUUGCGGCGAAUUACACCGUUGUGGACACAACUUGUGGCGGAAUUCUCGUCAAUCCAACCGGCGACAUCAACUCACAAAACACUGGUGACAUUUGUACGUUCGUGAUCCACGUCGAGAAAUCAAUGGUGAUCCGCCUCACCUGGAGACAAAUUUGGAGCAGCGAUUCAAACACUAAUGCAAACUGCUUCAACUCGGACAAUGCACAGAUUUUUGACAACUCCACGAGCCCGGCAGGAAUGGAAAUUGGAAGGUACUGUGGCAAUAAGUUGCCCCCGGAGUUGGUCUCGCAGGGUAACACGGUGACCAUAAAACUGAACCAAACGAUGCCCGACUCGUCCAAAUUUGAGCUGUCUUACGCAUCAGUCAAGGCGUCCGACUUGUGUGGAGGAUCAUACUUCACCGCCGCCGGAACUCUCACGUCACCAAAUUACCCCAGGAAAUACGCGUCAAACUUGGACUGCAUUUACAUCAUUCAGGUUGCUGAUGGACAGCAAAUCAGUCUCAACUUCACGGUUUUCGAUUUGGAAAACUCAACGGAUUGCUCGUUUGAUUUCAUUGAAAUUAGGAACGGGCAAAGCAAUACUUCGCCGUUGGUUGGAACGUUCUGUGGAAAUAACCGGCCGCCGCCGAUCAUACCAUCUCACAGUAAUUCACUCUGGAUUCGCUUCCACACUGACGGCACCCUUCAAUUCAAAGGCUUCAGAGCUCUUUGGGAUGGAGCUUCAACAGGCUGUGGCGGUAUUUUGAGAUCAUCAUCUGGACACAUUGAGUCACCAAAUUAUCCUCAGCCAUAUGGGACAAACGCAGAGUGCAUUUGGAAAAUUUACGUCAGCAAAGGAAACAAAAUCAACCUUUGGCUGGUGGAUUUUGACAUGGAAAAGUCAGAUUUUUCUUCAGGCUGUUAUGACUAUGUUGAGAUUAGAGAUGGCGAUGCUUUAGAUGGUAAGGUUUUGAAGAAGCAGUGCACCUCAAACGACUUCAGCGGAGUGAUUGCGUCCAACGAAAAUUCAGUCACAGUCAUAAUGGCGACCGACGCAUCCAACGCAGGAAGAGGAUUUAGUCUACGUUAUCAGUCAAAUUGCAACAACACUCUUCGAGGGUAUCGAGGUGUAAUUGAAAGUCCGAAUUUCCCUGGUGACUAUCCGCACAACGCGAACUGCACUUGGUUGAUAGUCGCUCCACCAGGAAACCAGAUCAACGCAUCGUUUUCGCACUUUGCACUUGAGCAGCUCGGUACUGAAUGCACUGUGGACUUUGUCAAGCUCAUGACAGUUAAGGUUAAUGACGCUGGAACUGAAGCAUCAGAGGAAAUUGGAAAGUUUUGCUCAACAGAGGAACAACCGGACCCGAUAACCACAAAGUAUAACAUGCUUCGCAUCAAUUUCCAAACUGAUUUGAGCGUCGCCUACUCUGGUUUUCGACUAGAAUGGGUGGUCCACGGCUGCGGAGGAAAAUUUACAACGCCGUUUGGGACGUUGCAGUCACCGAAUUAUCCAAAUUCCUAUCCACACAACACAGAAUGCAAAUGGGAAAUCGAAGUGGAGGCAGGCACAAGCGUAGAAUUGACCAUAAACGAUUUACAAAUGGAGCAAGGAGCCGAUUGCACAUUCGACAAUCUGAAGGUAUAUGGUGGCCCAGACGAAAACUCACCCCUUUUGCUACACACAUGCUCUAAACACGCCAGAGUGUUGAGAGUCACUACGUCCGGACGAUAUAUGACCGUGACAUUCAAAAGUGACUCGUCCUCCAACGGCAAAGGAUUCAACGCUUACUACAGACAAAUGCCAAUAGGGUGCGGUGGGUCACUGCAAAUGAACAAGGGCAGCUUUACCAGCAGCAACUAUCCUCAAAACUUCUACCCAAAUACGAUUUGCAACUGGAUAAUUAAUGUCGAUCAAUAUCACACGGUCCGUUUGACUUUUGACGACUUUGAUGUACCAAAAAUCGGAGACAAUUGCGAUCGGCAGUAUGUUGCGGUAUGGGAAGGAUACAACACUAAGAACCCACCGCUUCUCACACACUGUGGUAACACAGUGCCACCUGAAAUCAGGGCGACAGGCAAUUUACUAUACGUUAGGAUGGUCACCAACGAAAGUUUAUCAAAAGGGUUCUCAGCAACAUUCCAUACUGCGUGCGGAGCGACGAUUCAGACCGCGACUUAUGGAUUUAUCAAGAGCUUAAACAGUCGCGAAGUGCAGCUAGGCAACUCAAACGAUGACAACAACUGCACUUGGAUUAUAACCUCCACUAUUCCAACGUCACACGUGACUUUGACAAUAACCCAUCUGAACAUAUUCAGACUGGAAACUAUGAACAGCAGUUCAGAAUGCGAUAUGCUGCAUUUGGACGUGCACGACGGAGUCGGAUUACAAGCACCAUUGGCUGGAAGGUACUGCGGGAAAAAAAUUCCGCCGCAUAUUGUCAGCAACGGACAAUCACUCACCCUCAAUCUGGUGAGCGAGUUCUUCCUCCAGGUUCAAGUGGAGUUUGCUGCGACAUAUUCGGUUGCAGACACAGCUUGUGGAGGAACAUUAACUGCCGAGGAAGGGUCAUUUGCCACACCUGGCUACCCUGGAAGCUACAAACUUAAUGCUGAGUGCAUUUGGAGAAUUGCAGCAUCACCUGGAAAUUCUUUGCAACUAACGUUUUCCAUGUUUGAUUUGGAAUCAAGUGAGUUUUGCAACAACGACUACUUGGAAAUUAGGAGAGGCAAAUCUGGGGAAGACAGGCUGUUAGGCGUGUUUUGCGGAAGUGAUCUUCCCAGAAACUUAACGUUGGUCAACGAAUUAUGGAUCAAAUUCAGGAGUGACGGAAGCAACGUUGGAGCUGGAUUUCUAGCGCACUAUUCUUUAGUUCAUGGUGGGCAACUGAUUGGUACCAGUGGUCAAAUAACAAAUCCUUUGUAUCCAAAAUAUUACGCUGGCAGCGACAUUUUUAAGUGGAGAAUAAUAGCCAGCUCGUUUAAAAUAAUCAGACUGACGUUCAAAGAAAUAUUCCUUAACACGAUGGGCUGCCCUAUCACGAUUUACGACGGAUACGACGAAACAGCGCCGCAGCUUCUGGAUAUAUGCGACCAGACCGUUCCGCCCGAUUCAGUUAUUUCAACAUCAAAUGUCGUUUACGUCACUUUCAGCGCAACGCCCAGGAUGCCAGGCUCUAUGUUUAUGAUUCAGUGGACCGAUUGGAGAAGAUCGGCAUCGUUCGCAACAGUUACGCCAGGCUGCGGAGGAGCAUUUAACGUUUCAAGCAACGGAUCUGCAGAAUUCACGAGUCCUGGUUUCCCCUACGGCUACAGAAAUGGAUUGAAAUGCGAGUGGACAUUCGAAGCGCCUGUAUCGUACCACACAGCGCUGUAUUUCAACGCACUUGAUGUGGAACAAAGCCCAACAUGCUCCUAUGACUAUGUCGCAGUUUCCUCAGGUUCUAGAUAUUCUGAUACCUGGCAGAAUGAGAGAAAAUACUGCCACCCAAACGCAACGCAAGUGAGUGGAAUCCACAAUUCGGAUCGGACGAGGGUUAGUUUUUUGUCUGAUUCUGCUGGCAAUAAAACUGGAUUCUCUGCGACCGUCUUUUCAGUGUGUGGAGGAAAUCUACAAGGUCCGAGCGGCACAUUGAAGCUGUUCAACAUGACCAGGUCUGUGCCUCACGGCUUCCUGCCGGUUUGCGAGUGGAACAUUACGGUGCGUCCUGGUAGGACCAUCAAAGUCGACAUUGACCAAAUAAACACGGCCGACGUGCCAGGCUGCCCCGAUGACUAUCUCAUGCUUAAAAAUGUAAAAAUUGGAAACUCUGACCCGUACUUCCAAAAACUGUUUUGCGGAAACUUGCCUCCCACCGAUCCGAUAGAAACUUUGAGUAACACACUCUACGUCAAGUUCAACGUCAGGAAAAACUAUGCUCAGAGUGGUUUCUCACUGUCUUACCAAGAGAGUUCUUCUAUAUGCGGAGGCCGUUACACUUUCGAGGAAGAUGGAGUUAAUUCCCUAACAAUUAGCUCUCCCAAUCACCCGAAUCCGCCGCUGACCAAUACUGAAUGCGAGUGGGUGUUUAUUGCUCCACCUGGGCGCAGACUGAGGGUCGAUUUCACAAAGGUCAUCAACAUGGUUUACACGAGAAGAUGUGAAACUGCUUUUGUGCAGUUCUUUAACGGAGGAACGUCUAUUGCCCCAAGUCUUGGAAAAUAUUGCAAGGACCAGCCCAGCUCGCUGCUGACAACUGACAAUUCCCUUUAUAUUCGAUACCAGACAACAGCAGCAGAACCCAAAAACGGAUUCCAAGUCGACGUCAGAGUUGACGACUGCGGAGGUACCAUAACGAGCUACGACGAGAGGGCAAUCGAGGUUCCAGAAAAGAACGACAACAGUCCCCACGUGUGCAUUUGGAAGGUGGAGGCGCCCGAAGGCACUUUGAUAUCCUACUCGUUCAACAAAUUCAGUGUUAGCACGGCCGACGAAAAUUGCUCCUCUGAUUUUGUCGAAGUGAGGGAAGUCAUGCGAAAUCCACUGGCAAAAAGCAGCAAGCAGAACGUUACGGAACUAUCGCUUUCCCAUCCGAGAUUUUGCGGAUCGAACGACAAUCGCACAAGAAACAAGUGGUUUAACUCUGCGACGGACCAGUUGCUAAUCAUCCUCAAUUCAACCAGAGGCAUUGGAAAAUCGGCUGAUAAAUACUUUAAGUUUGUGUUUAGACCACUAAAUCAAGAAUGCGGUGGAGCGCUGGUCGCACCAGAGGGGGAAAUAGUCAGUCCUGGUUAUCCCAGCUCUCAGUCACGCAGGCAGAUCUGCUCAUGGACGGUUCAGGUGCCUGAAGGGCGAAGGGUCAAAAUUGAAUUCCUCGACUUUGACUUGGAGGGCUCUCAGAACGCGUGUCAGCAGUGGCUGGGGAUUUACAACGGCUUGAUCAAUUUGAUGUCGAUUGGUCUGUAUUGCGGCGGAGAAAACCCCGGCGAGAUCAGUUCCUCGGGCAACACGGUGCUGAUCCAGUCGCUCACGUGGCAAACCUCCACACACAGAGGCUUCAAACUGAAGUGGUCUUCCGACCUUCCAACAGUUUGCGAAGGAGACAUUAAGCAGGCUUCUGGCUCCUUGACCUUCCCUAAAGCGAACAUGUCAUCAAUCUUCUGUUCGUGGAGCAGAACUAAUACGCAGGAUCAGCUGGCAGGGACUUUAUCAAUCACGGUUGUCAACGCUACAAUGAACCGCACUCAAGAGACAACUUGCUUACGCUCUACCCGCGGAAUUCUUAUUUCUGCAGACAGUCAUUUAAACAUCGCUCAAAUUUGCGACAAAAUAACGACACCGAAAGUGAUUACCAAUCCAUUCCCGACGACAAGCAUAAUAGCAAAGCAAAGCGACCUGGCCAAUAAGUUAGAAUUCUACAUGGGAUACAAAUUCUUCGAGUGCGGAGGAGUGCUGAGAGGUCCGAUAGACAACAUCACAUCGCCAGCCAAAAUGAACAUGAACUGCGGUUGGAGUUUAACCUACCAGUACGGCCAAAUCAACGUCACUUUUGUGAAUUUGAAUUUCACGUCCGACUGCUCGAAGCAGUAUUUGAACGUGUACAACGGCAGGGGAUCUAGUCAUCCAAAGAUCGGCACUUACUGCAAAGAUAAAAAAGCGCCCGCGUCCAUUAUGUCACAGUCGAACCAACUCUAUGUCGAGUACAUUGGCGCCGACAGCGAGCAAACGGGAGGGACGUUUUUCCUUCAGGCAAUGGCUGUGCAAAAAGGUUGCGGCGGAAUUUAUCACUUGCACACGGGUCUGAUAACUUCGCCCAACUUCCCGUCUACCUACCCGGCAAACUCGGAGUGCAAUUGGGAGAUCGUGGUUGACGAGGGAUUCCAUAUCGGCCUUAAAUUUGUCAACCGAUUUUUCAUUGAACUCAGCGCCAACAACUGCUCUAAGGACUAUGUGGAGGCUUUUGACUUCAUUGACAACGACUGGAAAUCUUUGGGUAAAGCUUGUGGACGGGCAGUUCCCAGACCUUUCAAUUCCACGGGAAACCGAAUGCGAGUGGUGUUUCACAGUGACAACACAACAUCUGGCGACGGGUUUGCGGCAAUCUGGAAUGUCAACUGCGGUGGUCUCAUAAGAGCGAAAGAAGGAUACAUCUCCUCUCCCAGCUACCCAUCUAACUACGGAAAAUUCCUCAACUGCAAAUAUACGAUCUUGGCACCGAGAAAGACAAUUACUUACAGUUUCCUUGACUUUAAUUUGGAGCAAGGUUUCCAAGAUUGCCGCUAUGAUAACGUGACUAUUAGAAGGUACACAGCAAGCAGACGGCUGAAACGGUUGACUUAUGUUAGAGGGAUCACACGUUUCAUGUAUCGAACGGAAACACUUACUUACUGCGGACAAGAUUUACCUCCCGAUGGAAUUUCAUCGGGAUCUCUAACUGUCUCAUUCCAAACUGACAGAUGGAUCGAAAAGAGAGGCUUCCGAUUGCACUACAAGCUUGAUGACUGCGAUGGAAGCAUAAAUGAAACAACGAUUUUAAAUCCAAUUCUCUACCAAAGCGGAUUACAUGCUGUAACGAAUUGCACUUGGACAAUAACCGCUCCGGAAAAUAAGAAUGUUCUGUUUCGGUUCGAGACUUUCAAAGUUCCAAAAACGCAGAAAUGCAGAGGCGGUGCGGUCAAGCUGUUUGACGCAAGGUGGCAAGACAGGAAAAAAUCCAUCGUGCAAAUGUGCGGUAACAUCAGCGACAGCCAAAGAGUGUAUAUAUCUCGCGGAAACGAGGCCACCCUGGCAUACGUUGCCAGCAGACCGUAUGCCAAGGCUAACCCCUUCUCAGUCGUCAUCUCGUUCACCUAUGGCGAAAGUGUCGGUUGUGGAGGCACAAUCAACAUGAUAAACAAGAGCCAAUCGUUGAUCGGUUCAUACUCAACGAAGGGUAUAAGUGGAAACUACGAGAAUAUGCUCGAUUGUCGCUGGUAUGUCGUGGCGAGCCCUGGCGACUCAAUCAAGUUCGCUGUCAACAACUUCAACGUCAAGGACUGCGCAAACCAGUCUGGGAAUUCUACAUGCAAUUGCGACUAUCUCGAGGUGCGAGACGGCACAAAUCAAUUUUCGCCGAUUCUGGGACGCUUCUGUGGCAGCACACGUCCUCCGACACUCACUUCUUCUGGAGGAUCCCUCUAUGUUCGAUUCGUUUCAGACGAUUAUGAGAGCGACAAAGGUUUCCAGGCCACAAUUACUAAAUCCAAGUCUUUGUGCGGACCGCAAGAGCUGCAAGUAAAAGAGACGAUUUCAGAAUUAGUUUCGCCAGGAUUUGGCUCUGCCGAUGGCUACCCGCCUAAUGUUGUUUGUAGAUGGAAACUUCGAUACCCCACCACGUUAAGAUUUGACAUUCACAUCGAGCAGUUGGAUUUGGAGAGCUCCGUCGGCUGUCAAAACGACAAACUUGUCAUAACGGAGUACACGGUGCCUGACGAGGGAGAAAACUUAGUGUACGCUGGAAACAAACCGACGGCCGCUCCAGACUUAAGUAUACCUGGAUACAUGCCUCGGUUGUUUGCUCACCGCGGAUCGACUUUCUGCGGAAACGGCUCCCAAAUGGAUUGGUACUCAAAUAGCAACGCAGUCGACGUCAUAUUUUCAACCAAUGAAGCCAUCGGGGGCCGAGGAUUCAAGCUCAAGUACCAACUUGCACGCUGCAGUCGAAAUUUCACGAGGCAAUACGGUAGGAUCCACUAUCAAGGACGGCUUCACACAACAGGCUUUAACAACGAAUGCUCCAUUCUAAUUUCUACCGAGCAGAAUAGAACCAUUUCCUUGUACUUUUCUGAGUUGUACUCCCACAAGCAGAGCGCUAACUGCAGCGAGUCGUCUAUUUACAAGGUGUACAAUGGCGCUUCAACAUCUGCGGACGUGUUGGCCGAGUAUUGUGGGGUGAAAGUUCCAAAUCCGGUCUUUUCCACGGGACCAUCUUUACUGAUAUCCGUGUACCAAAGCGAUAAGUGGGGCGAAGAAGGCUUUGACGCGACUUACACGACGUCAGACAAAGGUCGCGGAUGUGGUGGAAUAUUGCGCAGUGUGGCAGGAAGUUUAACCAGUCCCCUAUACCCUGGCAGGACGAAAACCUUCUCCGAAUGUCUGUGGGAAAUCACGGUGCCGGAUGGAUCCGUGGUGGCGAUUCAAUUCCUAGCAUUCAACAUCGGCCCAAGGGACACGUGCAACACAGAUUACUUGGUCAUUGACGAAAUCAGCCGGGAAAACGGACGAGAAGUGCUCAGGAGCAAGCUUUGCGGAAAUGAGCUGCCGGCACUAUUCUUGGCCAAUUCUAACUCUAUCCGUCUUAAGUACACGACCAGCAUCCACAACCAAGGGACGGGAUGGAAGAUGCAUUACGUAGCUAGGCAAUCAAGUUUUGACGUGAAUGGGGUGCCAUCACCGCCAUCUAAUUGAUGAUUUUAAUAAAUUGAUGAAAGUCUGAGGUGUCUAGAAUAAUUGCCACAAGACACUCAAUAAUUAUGUUAAUAGCAAAUCUUUAAGUAGAACUGUAAUUUCGUUUUUGACAGUACCGUAAUCGAUUCCUGAGGCGAGAUUGGUUUAGCAAUUGAAUCACUCCCCUCGAAAAUUGUCACCUGUCGAUCUUAUCCUCAGGAAUCGAUUGGCACGGUCAUAAAUAAUAUUCCAGUGCUGCUUUAAGCUGCGAAUGUUUACUGAAUCAUUUUGUUUCUAUAUUAUAUUUUUUCUUAUUCUAUUUCUACCCCUUGUUGCAUUUUAUCAAUCGAUUUCCAUUAUAUUUUUACAGUACAUUUACCUAUCUUGUUCCUAAUUUAAUCUUUCUAUAUUUUAAUGUAAU